UUUACCUUCUCGCGCGCUCUUUCUUCUCCGGCGCUGCGGAUUCUUCCUCUACUCCUUGUUGCGGUCGUCGUUUCAAUGGAAGGGCUCAAGGUGUCGGAUGCCGAUUUGGUUAUAUAUCUUCACCCAGCCAAAAGUAACAAGGUUUCGCAAGCGAUUCUUCGCGAGCUCGGCGCUAUGCUUCUAAAAUUUGAUGAAAAAUUUGAGGGCGUGCUACUGGCUUAUGAGGCCAAAAUUAUUGAUAAAAGUGCGAAGAUUCUAUCUGGAGUGCACCCUUACUUUGCCGUGACAAUAAAGGCAAAGCUAUUACUUUUCUCUCCAAAACCAAACAUGCUUUUAGAGGGAAAGGUGGUGAAGCUUAAGCAAGAAUCAAUCCAUGUUAUUGUCUUGGGUUUUGCUUCUGCUGUAAUAACCGAUGAAGACAUUCGCAGCGAAUUCAAGCAUAUAACAAGACAUGGAGAAGAAAUGCUUGUCAGUAGAGCUAACAAGCACCAUGUAAUAAAGGUUGGGACAAUGAUACGGUUUUUGGUGAAGAGUUUUGAUGAGGGAAUACUGCACAUCUCUGGAUCUCUUGUUCCAUCUCACACAGGGAGCAUUCAUCGGUUGGAGAAGAACUCAGUUGAAGGCUUAGCAACUAAUAAGAGCAAAAGGAAGAUGAGAGAAGACGAGGCCACGGAUAUAAAUGCACUUAUCUUGAACGAUGACCAUCAGUCAAAAACGAAGAAGCAAAAAACUGCCAGAUUAUCUUGAAGAAUGCUAAUUCUCAUAUAACAUAGAUCGUCUACAUAUCAGGGUGUGGACAAAUGCAGCUACCCAUUUUUGCAACUGUUAAGAAGAGAUAGCCCAAAUGCAUAUAUUAUGAGGUUAGGGCCAAUAUACAUGGUUAGUGAAUUAUGCUUUACAGCCCAAUCUGGAAGGUGAUGACAGAUAUCAGCAUCCUAGACUUCACUGAAUAUUGUCUGAGAUUUGGACAUUAUAUUUCUAAUUUCAUUCAAAAUCACUUGCCUAAACACAAGACCACACCAUUGUUUUAUCCAUGAUUGAGAUAUUGUCUGCUUUAGUCAGUUAUGUAUUGUCGUCAGUCUCAUGAUUUUUAAAACGCGUCUACUAGGGUGAGAUUUCUACACUCUUAUAAAGAAUAAUUUGUUUUACUCUCUAACAGAUGUGAAAUAUGAUUUGCUGUUUGCAAGUACAUUCCAUUUGCAUCCAUUAUAUCUCUAACCUCCAUCAUGGGUUCCAUUUUUUUUUAGAAGCUGCAAAUAAUUUAUCAUUUAUAAGGUAUGGGGUGUUCUGUCCAAAACAACGGGCCGCAGAAUGAUUCGUAAUAGAAGAGAGCUGAUUGUUACUCACAUUUUUGAAGUUGAAGGUUGUAAUCUUUGUACUCCUCGUGUUCUGGGGAUAGAAAAGCCCCGGUUUUUCAAAUAGGUGAACCGGGUCUACACGAUCUAACUCCCAUGUGAAUAUGUGAUCCAUGGUUUUUUGUUUAAUCAGAUAAGUCCAAACGCAGCAAUAUGACAGUUUUAUUGUUUUCUUUGGGCGACAAUGGCGGAUUUGUAACAUGGUAUGAACUAUGAAGUGGGAAGUACAAAAC